CUGAUGACAGCUGACUUUGGACGCGAGGCGGCGUAAACCUAGAACUAUUGUCCAGCUCGUCAAUCGCAGGACACAGAUUGACAAAAAGACCCGAUCCAACAUGAAAACUCCCAAUCUCAGAUCUCCGAGGCGGAUCUGUUAGUAGUUAAAAAAGAAUCCCCGGACAUCAUGUCGAUGAAAGUCAGUUGCCAAACUUGAAAUUUCUAAUCUAUGCCGUUUUUCUUACCAUCUCAUUUAAGAAAAUGUCAUCGUGCAUAAACUCUUUAACUUCAGAUACAUCACAUGAUUCAGUGCUGCUGAUAACAUGUAAUGUCCAGACAGGCCAGAUAUUAAACAGUGGCUCCUCCCCGUACACCGUCCUGGAGUUUGUGGGCAAAGGUCGCUUUGGAAAGGUGGCCAAGUGCCUAAAAAAGUCCACCAUGGACACAGUGGCCGUAAAGAUCAUUAAGAAGGAUGCUUUUUUUAUCAGGGAUACUGAGAAGGAGCUGGCCAUGCUCAAGAUGGUCAGUGACUUGAACCCAGACCAUGCCAAUAUCAUUAAAUUCUUUGAAAGGUUUGAAUAUAUGGGUCAUACCUGUCUGGUUUUUGAGAUGCUCGACUGUCAUCUGUUUGACUUGCUCAUAGGACGAAAUUGGGAGCCGAUGUCUCUGAGUGAAAUCCGCUCAGUUGCCAAACAGUUGCUGAUGGCCUUGGAUGCUCUAAAGCGCCUUGGCAUCUUACACACAGAUAUCAAACCAGACAACAUCAUGUGUGUCAACAAGCAGGACUGCCCCCUCAGGGUAAAGUUAAUAGACUUUGGUCUAGCUCAGGUAGUCUCCAGCGUUCAUCCCGGGAUGAAGAUACAGCCUAAAGGUUACAGAGCUCCAGAAGCUGCCCUUGGUCUUCCCUUCACUGAGGCUGUAGAUGUUUGGAGCGUCGGUUGCGUUCUGGUCUUCCUUUACAUAGCUGACAACCUCUUCCCUGUUGACUGCGAAUACCAGAUGAUGAAGUGUAUGGUGGAUGUUCUGGGUCAGCCACAGGAUCACGUGCUAUGUGCCGGGAAAUAUACCAAACGCUUCUUCACUAAGGAGGAAGCCAGUGAAGGUCUACACUACAGACUAAGGACACCAGAGGAGUAUGAAGCAGUCAACCACACUGCACCUCUCGAGUGGAGCGGCUUCAUUGAACCACCCAGCUCUCUGGACGCCCUUAUGACCUUUUAUCCUGUACGGGGUGAGGUCGGGGAGCUGGAGGACCGCAGAGCAUUUGUGGAGCUUCUGAAAUGGAUGCUACACCUUGACGGGAACCAGAGGAUCUCUCCUCAUCAGGCUUUGCUGCAGCCAUUCAUUACAAUGACUCACCUGAGCAAAGACCCCGACAAUCAGUGCAGUGAUUAUAUAAGCACUGCUUGCAGCAUGAUGAAAAACGUGCAAGAGGACGACUGCAAAGACAAAUACCCAGAAAACCAGUGUUCUGAUAUGGACAAACUCAUUGAAACAGCUCAAUCUACUUCCCUGGAUUUCCGUAGCACAAUUUUUCAAAGAAUUUACAGACUGUGUGGUCGAAUCACCCCGUUAUUUUCUUGUUUUAACCCCUCAGCGGAUGACAGUAUGUAAAUGCUUCUUAAAUGCUUUUUUCCUUUAUAUUUUAAUGUAUAUUUAUAUUUGGUAAGUCCCAUAACAAUUUACAAACCCCAAUUCCAAUGAAGU